UAUAAUAUUUAAGUGGCUUCAAAUCAUAAAAAUACUAAAUCAAGUUACCAUGGAUACACUAAUGUUUAUUUUUAAAUACAUAUUAGUUUGUUUUUGCAUUUAGUCCAGAAGAGCUAGUCUUUUGUGCCUAUAUACUAUUAAAAACAGUCACAAUAAAUUGUGAAAAAAGUAUUUUGAUACAUUGAUUUUUUGCAACACAAUCAAAUUACAAUGACGGUAAAAAAAUUGUUUCGUCGGUUGGCAAGGGCCUUUACGUGUUGUCUUUCCAAAAAGCAGCGUAAUAUAAAUGAAAGCACGGACUGUUACUUACAACUAGUUAGUAGACAUGAUAUUCAGGAUUCAGGAACUCAAACAACGACUACGUUAGAAAAUGUAUCUGAUGAAAGGGUAAAUAUUGUUGACAAUAACAUUAACAAGACUGUUGAUGGAUGUGAAAUGUCGGAAAAAGAGGUUCACGAACUUGGUAUGGUGGAGCCUAACAUAACAGAUGUUGAAGGAGCAGCCAUUGUGGAAAAGAGUAUGCAGGAAGAGGAAGACAAGGAGUGUUACUUAAGUCCAGAUAGUAAUCACGAUAUGAAAUCUGGCACAAUGGACAACGAGGAUUCAGGAACUAAAACAACGACUACGUUAGAAAAUGUGUCUGAUGAAAGGGUAAAUAUUGUUGACAAUAACAUUAACAAGACUGUUGAUGGAUGUGAAAUGUUGGAAAAAGAGGUUCACGAACUUGGUAUGACGGAGCCCAACAUAACAGAUAUUGAAGGAGCAGCCAUUGUGGAAAAGAAAGACAUGGAGUGUUACUUACGUCCAGUUAAAACACGUAGAUUUAAAAAAGGUACUAUAUGCUUCUUCGGGAAAAAGAAGAAUUCUGGCACGAUUACUACAGAUAAUGGGGAAUGUUAUAAGUUCUAUAGAGAAGAUUUAAAUUUAGGUUUUGAUCGACCUUUUAAAUAUCCACAAAAAGUGAAAUUUGUUGUUGAUGAUACACAGCCCAAAUGGGCCUAUGAUGUAGAAAUAAUUGGAGACCCUUAUGUUCGAAGGUGCUGUUAUUGUUUAAAAGAUGAUCAUCUUGGUUUAGAAGACUGUAUGAAGUUACAGAUAGAUUCGUAUAAUUUUUACUAUCCUUAUUUAUAACAUAACGGUACAAAACCAGCAGUUUGUGAUAUUUAUUCUGUUAAUGUUUCAAUUAAACUUAUAAAUUAUCAAUAAAAAUUAUAUGUUAUAAAGUUAAUACUUAAAAAAUAAUGUAUUUUAAUAAUAUUCUAUGUUAUUUCUAAUUCGUGAUAAAUAUAUUGUCA